CAGUUGGAGAUUCAUUUGCGUUGGUUGGUGGUUGAGUGCAGCUCUUGUUUUUCCGUGAAAAACCCGUGGAAAUGCUGCGUGGAAAGUUGUGAGGUGUGCGACAAAGUGCAGCGGCGAGAGCCUGUGUGACAUUACAGCAGCAAUAAUUGGAUUAUGUGGUGUGCAAGUGUGGCAAAAUCGCAGUGAAAAGUGGAUGUUUGAUUGAGAAGGAAUUUCUGUGGUGUCCAUAUACAAAACACACACACACACACACACACUCGGGCACAGAUGGAUUAAGCCGCGCUCGCAUUAAGCCCAGAGCAGAGCGGCGACUUGAUUCACCUCCGCGGACAUUUGUAUGGUCGUUGUCGCAGCCGUUGAGGAAUCCUUUCGAUGAAAAUGACUGCUAAUGAGAAACGCCUGUUGGACCGCGAAGCCCUGCGCUCCGUUAUUCAGCAGUGGAACGCCAAUCGGCUGGAUCUGUUUGAGCUGUCGGAGCCGGACGAGAACCUCCAGUUCCAUGGGGUGAUGCGGUUCUACUUCCAAGAUGCCGGCCAGAAAGUGGCCACAAAGUGCAUUCGAGUGGCUUCUGAUGCCACAGUUCAGGAUGUCAUUGAGACGCUGAUCGAGAAGUUUCGUCCGGACAUGCGGAUGCUCUCACUGCCCAAUUAUGCUCUGUACGAAGUGCACUCGAAUCACGAGGAGCGGAAGCUGAAUGGGGAUGAGAAGCCGCUGUUGGUGCAGCUAAAUUGGCACAUUGACGAUCGCGAGGGGAGAUUUUUGUUGAGGAACACCGAUCAGAAGACAAAUACUCUCGAGAGUGGCGACAACAAUUUCAAGAGGAAAUUGUCCAAGCGCGAGAAGAAGGAGCAGAAGAAGAAGGAGAAGCUGCAGAAGAUGCAGAGCACAAAUACGGCAAAUGUGGAGAAUCAUGUGGCGGAGAAAUUGUACACGGAACUCCCGGAGACGUCAUUCACGCGCUCCAUCUCCAAUCCUGAAGCUGUAAUGCGGCGUCGACGACAGCAGAAGCUGGAGAAGAAGCUGCAGCAGUUCAGGUCGAAGGACGGCGGCCCGGACACGGGUGGAACGCUGAAGAUCUACGGUGAGAGUCUGUGUCGCGAUGUGCCGUACAAGACGCUGCUGCUGAGCAUCAGGGAUUGCGCGCAAGCCGUUGUUAGGGAGAUGCUGGCCAAGUAUGGCCUGGACAAGACGGAUCCACUGCAUUACUGCCUGGUGCAGGUCAACAGCGACGGCACGGAGUACAUUCUGGACGACGACGAGUGUCCACUGUCGAUCCUCAUGAAUCACCCAACGUCCAGAGGAUCCAUAAUGUUUCACGUGCGGCGACGUCCGGCGGAUUCGCAGCCGCGGCGGCGCAAGAAGAAGCCACUCGGCGUGUCCAAUGGCAGCAACAACAUGUCAGCGGAGCGCGAGGGCCCCACUCUGGUGGAGGUGACGCACAGCGGCGACGGCGGGCGGCGGAUCAAGCUGGGCAGCGAGCCGGUGGAAGUGGGCUCGGCCAACACCAACACUCUGCAGCUGUUUGGGCCGCUCAUUCAGGCGCGCCAUUGUCUCAUCUCGCUCCACGAGGGCGUCUGCACCGUGACCCCACUCCACGCUGACGCCCUGACCUUUGUCAAUGGCCAUCACAUCCAGCAGCCGACGAUUUUGCAUAAUGGAUCUGUGGUGAUGUUCGGUCGAGUGUCGUCGUAUCGCUUUGUGGACUCACCGUCCGAUGGCCGGUACAACUUGGCCCUGUCUCAGUCCCAAUUGGACUCAGCGUGCCUCUAUGACAGUCGCUCGCCAACAUCACCGUCAUGGCAUGAGGAUGAGCGUCCUCUGAGUCCUGUCCAGUCCAUUGCACAAGCCCAGACGCUGAACAAGCUCAGUAGCUAUUUAGAUGAGCCCACGUCGGCCAAUCAAUCGAUUGGCGACACCCCGCAUCAUCACCAUCUCAGCGGCAACAGCGCGGCCGGAGUGGGUGGACAGACGCCCACCGCCGCGGGCAAUGCCAGCGGCGACAAUCACGCGGAACCGUAUCUCGAUGAUAACAAGAACCUCGCUCCGGCGGACGCGGACAAAGGCGCCCCCGCGACGGCUCAGGCGCGCGGAAAGGAGCAGUUUGAGACGAAUUUCGACGUUGAUGGCACCAUUGAGACGGAAACUAAAUCAAUUUCUAGCAAUAAGUCGGCGGGAUCGAAUCAGGAAAUCAGGGGCAAAAUUCAAGCUGCGAAUGAAGCGGGACAAGAACCAAUAUUGCCGGCUGUCUUGGAAUUUCCAGAGACCCAUCAGGAGGCCUUUUUGCGUCAAGUGAUACCAGAUUUGGAUGUCAAUGCUCCGUACUUUAAGCUAGCUCCGGUGUACACGCUGUAUCUGUGCGCCAGGUACCGAGCUUCGACUCAUUAUCGCCCGGAUCUGCAGCCCACUGAGAGGGCGCACAAAUUGACGGCCUUCCUCCACCACGUCGCCAAUAUGAUCUACACGUGCGUCCAGGAGCAGUACACCGAUCCGAAGGUGGUGUCAUUCUGGAUGGCCAACAGUUCGGAGUUUCUGCACUUCCUGAAGUCCGAUCGCCACAUUUCAGCCUUCAGUUUGCAGGCGCAGGAAGUGUUGGCGGAAACAGUGCAGUCCGCUUUUCGCCAUCUCGUGAAUUCCUUCCAGGCCGAAUUGUCUCAGACCCUCAAUCAGUUCCUGUCGGAGAACAUUGAUCACGACAGUGCCGCCGGACUUGUGCUCACGGUUCUCGGGGCUGAUAUGGCUCUGUUGCGACGCUGUCGAGUGAAUGCCGCCCUCACGAUUCAGCUCUUCUCGCAGCUCUUUCACUACAUCAACGUGGUGUGCUUCAAUAAGAUCGUCACGACGCCUCAGAUGUGCAACGCCACGUGGGGAAAGGUCGUGAGUGAUCGGCUGCAGUUGCUGGAAUUGUGGGCUGAGCGUCUGGGACUUGAAUUGGCGGCGGAUUGUCACCUGGCCAAGAUCAAUCAGUGUGCGCAAUUUCUGCAGGCGCCCAAAACGACAGUGACUGAGGUGCAACAGCUCGCGCACUCUUGCUUCCGUCUCAACUCCCUGCAAAUGGCGGCGUUGCUGAGUCAGGAACCGAUUCCACGGAGUCUCGUUGACACGGCCCUGAGGAUGGCGGAGUCUGUGGCGGAUGAAUUGACGCUGUCUGAUGGACGAGAGGUGCGCCUGGAGGAGUCGACGGACACUCAGCUCGCGCUGCUGCUGCCCGAGGAUGGCUUCAGCUGUGACGUGGUGAGAGGCAUUCCGGCGGGACUUGUGGACUUCCUGACGCCACUGCAGAAUGCCGGGAUGUGCCGCCUGGCGGCCCAGCCGACCAGUAUUGGUCUGUGGACGGUGUACAUGCAUCAGUACAACCAGAGAUCGCCCAGUGCCAUGUCCACGAAGAUGCCCCAGCCGGACAUUCAAGUGAUAAAGCUGCACAAGAACAACGGCGGCAUGGGACUGUCCAUUGUGGCGGCCAAGGGCGCCGGCCAGGAGAGGCUGGGCAUCUACAUCAAGUCCGUGGUGCCAGGAGGUGCAGCUGAUGCCGACGGCAGACUCCAGGCGGGAGAUCAGCUGCUGAGAGUCGACGGACAGAGCCUUAUCGGCAUCACACAAGAACGAGCUGCCGAUUAUCUUGUGCGAACUGGUCCUGUGGUCACUUUAGAGGUGGCCAAGCAAGGAGCCAUUUAUCAUGGAUUGGCAACUCUGCUCCAGCAACCGAGUCCCGUGAUUCAAAGAGGCACGCGAAGAAUGUCCGAAAGAGAUGUAUCUCGUGUUGGAGCAGAGACCACUAAACCACCACUUCCAUCGCCCGGUGGUCAGCAACUCUUGAACAGCAAAUCAGUUCCGGCUCUUCAUCACGUUGGGAAUAUCGGAAUGGCUGGCAAUAAAUCGAGGAGUAUUCACAAUUUGGCCGCUGGCCAGGUGAAUGAUCAGGGCUUCUAUCAGAACCUGAGCAUUUAUCGUGGCCAGAACAUCAGUCAGCCGAACUUGGGUGACAGACCGCCAAUGCCGCUCCUCCAGCCAGCCUCGUCGUCGGCGUCGCAAAUGGUGUCGCCGCCGUUGAGCAACAGUGUGAGCAAUCAGCAACUCCUCAGCCGUCCAGCUUCGGCGUACUUCAACAGCAAUAUGAGCAGCAACACGCUGCCUUCCCCCCAGACCGCCGCCAUGUCUUACUCAAUGCAGCAACAGCAGCAGCAGCCGCGUCCCAAGAACAGCUUCCUGCGCGAGUCACAGGGACAGCAGAGCCUGCGGAUGAACCAGAUGCUGGCGCCGUCGAUGCCCAACAUCGCGCACUCCAGUGGCUAUGCCAGCAACAUCUCCGCCAGCCAGAGCAUGCAGAACGUCAACAUGAUCAGCUAUCCCACGUAUCCGGCCGGCCAGCAGCCGGUGGUAGCGGCCAAGCCGCCCACAGGGCACCAGCACGUCUACUCUCCGCCCGACCAGGCCGCGCAGAUGCGCAUGCAGGCCAAGAUGAGUGAAAUGGGUGAAAUGCUGCGACGGAGGAACCAGCGCGAAAUGAUGGCGCCGAUGGGGAUGCUGGACAUGAGCAGUUCGCCGCUGGCACCCAUUCAGCAGGGCAGCCCAAUGGCCGGAAAGCCUCCCAUGAUGUCGCCCACCGGCGGAGCGGCCGCCAUGUACGGCCAGCAGCCCUAUCCGCCGCCGCAGCAGCAAAUGAGUCCGCUCAAGCAACUGCCGCCGACUGCGCCCAAGCCUCAGCAUCAUCGUCCAUUGCCGCCGCCUGACGAGCAAUUGUCGCCUCCGUUGCCGCCCUCGUCGACGCAUCCGCUGUACAAGCCGCAAUAUGUGGCCGGAAAUGCCGAUCCUCCGAAGGGAUACUAUCCGUUGAGCAGCGCCAGGGGGCCCAACAAGGCCUUCCCGUCGUCCUCCAUGAAUCCCUGGGAGCGCGAGGAGCGCGAGAAGGAGGAGGAGAUGCGGCGUGAGUACGUGAGACAGCGUCGCGAGCAGCAGAUCAACGAGCUGUCGGGGCUGCCGCAUCGCACGCCGCAGCAGGAGGAGGAGCUGAAGACGAUGGUGCUGGAGAGGGACUUCGAGCGACGAGCCCAGGAGCCUGUGGAGGCGGAAGAGGAGCCCGAUGCGUCGGCCAAGGCGCUCGGGGAGAGCCAUGUGCCCGUGGAGGCGACAGUGAUGCAGCCCAAGAGCAUUCUGAAGCACAACAGCGCCACAAGAAUGGAAGCUCCGGUGAGUGAGGGACGUGGAAGUUUGCUGGGAACGGGAAGUGUGCCCAAUUCGCCGUCGAAACAGACGAAAUCCGCCAGUUUUGCGGAUCAGCAGCAGAUUCACGAUAACAACUCGACGGCUCUGCUGCUGUCCAAGGAGAUGUCACAUCUGCACGUGGCGGAUGUGUCGCCGGGCGCGGGAUAUGAUCAGGAACAUCAGGGUGAUUCGCCACGGGAGAGCUUCGAAGUGACAUCCAAUGGAGGACCACCGCCGCCUCCAGAGCGCAACAGUUCCUACAUUGUGAUGUCGCAGCAGCAGCAGAAGCUGCGCAACAGCCAGAAUCUGCCACAGAAGCCGCCGCAGCAUCUGGAGUUAAACAAGAAGCCCGUUCCGAUGGUGAACAACAACUUCUCACCGCUGUCCAGCUUCAACAGGGACAACAAGCGGGUGUCUUUCCACGAUCAGGAGAACAAUGUUGUGGCCGGAGCGCCGGCCAUGGUGCCAGAACAGGCGGAUUUGGAGAUUAUCCACGAGGAUCCGAAUAAAUUCAUCCAAGACACAACAGCACUGCUGCAAACGCCAACGACGCCGGAGAAUGAGUCCUGGAACUCGCACAAUCAGCAAACACCCGGCGUGAUUGGCGCUCAGGAGGUUUAUCUGGAUCCGCGCGCUCGACGCCUGGCCGAACAGCAGAAGAAUCAGAAGAGCAACGACACUCUGCCAGAGAAGCUGACGUUCAAGGAGAAGAUGAAGAUGUUUGCUCUGGAAUCCGGUGAGAAUCAGACGCCAAAGGACAAGUUGAAGAUCUCGAGGGCGCAGAGGGACAUCGACGCCGUUCACUGAGACAUAAUGUGUGACGACAGACGUGCGCGGGAUUUGUGAGUGAAGACAAAAUGCUAUCGUUUAUUUUUUAUAUAAAUUUACUACACCUUCGAAAGAGACCACAAUUCAUUAUGAUGACGCAUUCAACAAUGAGAACAACUAUGUAACAAUUAGGCAAAUAUACAUAUAGAGCUCCUAUAUAUACAUUAACUAAGUGUAUUUCCAAUUUAGAGAAGUGUAUUUGUAAUAUUGUAAUUAUAUUCGAGAACUUAUGAUUGACAUCUGUAGCAAUUAUAUUGAUUUUCUUUUUUACAACUUUCGAUGAUUGAUCUUGCUUAUUUUUUGGGGGGUGAAGAAGAAGAGAAAUUGACGAAAUUUACUGAAGGUUAGAAUAGAGAAUAUUUAGGGAAUGUAUAAUGAAAUAGAUUUGUGAGAAAUAUAGCAAACAUGUUUGAUAUAAACUUAGUAAAAAGAUUGGACCAAAUGAAAUUGAUGCUUUGUAAUUUGAGAGAAUAAAAAAAUGGAGACCACAUAUUUUAUAAAUUCACUAAAUUGCUAUAUAUAUAUAUAUAUUUUGAAUAUAACAAAAUAUUGCAUACUCUCUUAGAUGUUGUCAUUAUUUUUUUUACAAUUUAUCCAAUAUGAUUAUGAUGAAUUUUUGAGUAUUGUGUAAAAUUUACUUUAGUAGGACUUUCCAUUUAGCUGAUAAAACAGAUAAUUUUACGCUAUAAUUAUAACUUUUCGAUUUUGGUAUUACAUAUUUUGUAUCCUUUUCGCCUUAAGGUGUUAUUUUUUUUUACAUGUUUUCCUCUUGUUUGAUAAAGAGUUUCAAAUACAUUUCAAGUAUAACUUUAUACAUAAAAUACAUAUUAUACACACAUUCUAUGAUAGAUAAAUAUUUACUCUUAUGAAAGGCGAUAUAAAAUGAUAGAGGAAGAGAAGUUUUUUUUUUGAGAUGAAACUAUAAAUUUUGUGCGACGGAGAGUAAUUUAGCGUAGGCGAGAGAAAAUAAGAGAGAGUUAUUGAGAAAUAUUAUUGAACAAAAAUAAAAAUUUUAGUGGUAAA